AGAGAUAAGGUAGUCAUUCAAAAAUCAUGUUAAACACUGUUAUUGCACAAAGAGUGAGUCCAUGCAACUAAUUAUUUGACUUGUUAAGCACAUUUUUACUCCUGAACUUAUUUAGGCUUGUCAUAACAAAGGGGUUGAAUACUUAUUGACUCACAACAUUUCCUAUUUUUAUUUGAAAUUAAUUUGUACAAAUUUCUAAAAACAUAAUUACACUUUGACAUUAUGGGUUAUUGUGUGUAGGCCAGUGACACAAAAUCUAAAUUUAAUCCAUUUUAAAUUCAGGCAACAAAAAAAAGUCAAAGGGUAGGCCCCAUCCCAAUAGCUUGCACAUGACCAGUGCCCCAUAGGCAUGAUUCAGAUCUUUGAAAUGUUUACAUUUUUCUCAAAUUUCCAGUCACAACACUAUCAAUACAAAUGCACAGUUGCAGACCCAGGCAAUUUCUCCCACUGUUGCAUCAGAUGGUCUUAAUAUUGAGCAAAAGGAGGAAGUGCGCAUGUCCUCUUUUUUUGUGUAUAGCCCCUCUCUCACCAUUGGUGGAGAAACACGUUGUGUUUGACAGGACUAAUAACGCUUGCAUCAGCCUACUCGCAAUUGCUACUCAUCUGAGUGUGUGUUCUCCCAAGCUUCUCCAGGAACUGCCAAUUUUCUCACGAAUUACCGUUAUUCAGAGUUCUGCCCCACAAUUUCCAUCAAAAUUGAGAAGAUAAACGGACACACAAUGACCAAUUCGGUCUCCACCGACGAAAUCUUGGAGAAGAAUGGAAAUAAGAAGAAAAGCCGUAAAGACAAGUUGAUGAGAUUUUUGAAUAGGAAUAUGUUAGUGAUAAUGACGGUGUCUGGAGUUCUAGUAGGCGUCGGCCUCGGAAUGAUGGUUCGGAAUAUGAACCUAACCCGGGCGCAGAUGACUUAUUUCGCUUUCCCCGGUGAGAUGCUUCUGAGGAUGUUGAAGAUGAUUAUCCUUCCUCUGGUCGUGUGCAGCCUGAUCUCCGGCGCCGCCAGCCUGGACACGCGCUCCCUGGGGAAACUAGGAGGCAUCGCGGUCUCCUACUUCCUGGUGACCACACUCAUCGCAUCGGGAAUCGGUGUGUCCCUCGCCUUCAUUAUCAAACCGGGAGUCGGUGCCGGGGCUCUAAACACAAAUAAUCUAGGUCUCGAGAGCGUCAAUACCAACAAGGAGACCACGGAUUCGUUUUUAGAUCUUGCAAGGAAUUUGUUCCCAGCUAACCUUGUGGCUGCAGCAUUCCGUUCUUAUGCCACUGAUUACAAGAUGGUUGCUGUGGGAAACGACACCAAUGGAACCAUCCUCUACCAGAAGGUUCCUGUGGGCACAGAACCAGAUGGUAUGAACAUCUUGGGCCUGGUUCUCUUUGCCAUGGUGUUCGGGGUGGCACUGAGGAAGCUGGGAGAGGAGGGGGAGGAGCUCAUACGCUUCUUCAACGCUUUCAAUGAAGCCACCAUGGUACUGGUGUCCUGGAUCAUGUGGUACGUCCCGUUCGGCAUCAUGUUCCUGGUGGGUAGUAAGAUUGUGGAAAUGGAGGAUGUGGUUCUGUUGGUGACCAGUCUGGGGAAAUACAUAUUCGCCUCUGUCCUGGGUCAUAUCAUCCACGGGGGGGUCGUCCUGCCUCUCAUCUACUUUGGGUUCACACGCAAGAACCCCUUCAGCUUCCUGUCCGGCCUCAUCACGCCCUUCACCACCGCCUUUGCCACCUGCUCCAGCUCGGCGACCCUGCCCUCCAUGAUGAAGUGUGUAGAGGAGAACAACGGAGUGGACAAGCGGAUCAGUCGUUUCAUCCUUCCCAUCGGAGCCACCGUCAACAUGGACGGGGCGGCCAUCUUCCAGUGCGUCGCGGCUGUCUUCAUCGCUCAGCUCAACAACAUAGAGCUCAACGCCGGUCAGAUCUUCACCAUCCUUGUGACAGCCACAGCAUCCAGUGUGGGCGCAGCAGGCAUCCCAGCCGGGGGUAUCAUCACCAUUGCCAUCAUCCUGGAGGCUAUCGGCCUGCCCACCAACGACCUGUCACUCAUGCUGGCCGUCGACUGGAUCGUGGACCGCACCACCACCGUAGUGAACGUGGAGGGAGACGCCCUGGGGGCGGGGAUCCUCCACCACAUCAACCAACAGGAGAUGAAGAAACAACAGCACCUGGGGGAGGAGCUAGCGGAGGUCCUGGUGGAAGCGGUAGCCAACGCCCAGGCUGACGAGGAGACCUCCCCGCUCGUCACGCACCAAACCCUGGGUUCAGCGGGCGACCAAUCCCCCAGGGAGACCGCGGAAGCCAUUGAGUCUGUCCUGUGAACUCGUAAAACAACUGUGAAUUCCGUCUCUAUGGUUACAAUCAGUGGUGGCUGGUGGCACUUCAAUUCGGAGGACGGACUCAUAGCAAGGCCUGGAACGAAAUUAAUGGAAUGAUAUCAAAACACAUCAAAUAUAUGGUUUUCUUUGUGUUUGAUGUAAUUACAUUCACUCCAUUCCAGACAUUAUUAUUAGCCGUCCUCCCCUCACCAGCCUCCUCUGGUGUCUAAGGUUACGAUGCUGCUGCUGCUACUCCUGACACACAACCGAGUCAACCGAAUCGACUGUGAAUCGACUCUGAAUCAACUCUGACCACCUUCACCAUACCUCUUAAAACAGUUCAUAAGUCAUUUCACUUCUAGGAAAAAAGUGCCCUAGAUAAAGUUCUCGUGAGGUGACGUCAUGUUUGUUUUAUAUUGUGGUACUUCCUAUUUGGAGUAUUGUAAAAGUGUAUUUAAAAGCCACAAGAAGGUUAGCCUCGCCCUUUAGAAUGAAUCUUGCUCAAAUUGAAUCCAGGCUGCUUUCUGGUUUUGUGAGAGUGGUCUGUUAGACAUAGAAUCUAAAAAAGGGAAUCUCUCCUAACCGUGACGUGGCUGUGACCUCACAAGGCAGAUAGGAAGGAGAAUCAUUUACUAACUGACCUGGAGGUUUUUGUUUGUUUUCUGUCGAUAGUCAACCCAGAACGUGAAACAUUAACCCCUCGAAUGACAAAAGUCUCUCAAAUAUUUUGGGUAAAUAUUGAGGAAGAGCCACAGUUGACCUUCUGUUUAUGUACUAGAACCUACUGACCCAAUGGCCUGCUAUGGUGCCUGUAUCUAAUAUUGGAUUUAGGACCAUAAGGAUCUGUGUUGAUAUAGUGCAGGUUCAAUUAGGGCAAAUCCUAACUUCUACUUAAGUUUAAUUUUCACUUUGUCUCACAUUGACAUCAAUGCAUGACUAAGUGGACAUUUGCCUUAAAUGGAAGUUACAGUAGGAUUUACCCCUUGGGCAAUGCAUGGAAAGAUGGUGGUGAGCACACUCCAUUUACUGAACUGUUAAAGUGCAGACUGAGGCCAACAAGGGCUGUCCUAUCCUUCUAUUGUUGUGAGAAUAUAUGUUGCCUCCAUCAGUGAUGUCCCAGACCCUUGCUACUAUGGGUUUCAUUUACUGAAGAAACCAAAACAUAUGUUCUUUGGAACUUUUUCUUUUUGAAUUGAGAGGAAGGAUGGUUAGACGGGCUGUGUUACAAAUGGUACCCUGUUCCCUAUAUAGUGCACUUCUUUUAACCUGAGCCCGGCACCGUGUUCCAUAUAUAGUGCACUACAUUUUGCCCCAUAGUGCAAUGCUUUUAACCAGAGCCCUAUGUAAGGAAUAGCCAUUUGGGACGACACAUGGGCAUUGAUAAAGGCAUGCUCUCAUUAUUGACUGCUAAUAGUAUUUAUCUAUAUCCCUGGACAUGAAGGAAACUGCCAAAGUUGUUAGAGCAGCCUUUUCCUGUUGCUAGAUACAUCUAUGGGAUACGUGUAUGUUUUACGAAUGACUAAAAUGUACAAAAUAAUGAUCAUAUUACAGCAAUGGCAUAGUUGUUCUGCUGCCACCUAGUGAUGGCAUGGUGUAGUGGUUCUGCUGCCACCUAGUGAUGGCAUGGUGUAGUGGUUCUGCUGCCACCUAGUGAUGGCAUGGUGUAGUGGUUCUGCUGCCACCUAGUGAUGGCAUGGUGUAGUGGUUCUGCUGCCACCUAGUGGUGGCAUGGUGUAGUGGUUCUGCUGCCACCUAGUGAUGGCAUGGUGUAGUGGUUCUGCUGCCACCUAGUGGUGGCAUGGUGUGGCGAAGUGGUUCUGCUGCUACCUAGUGGUGGCAUGGUGUAGUGGUUCUGCUGCCACCUUGUGGUGGCGUGGCUCAAUGUUUUGAGUUCUGUCAUGAGAAUGGAGCAAGCACGUGAAAGUACAGCGUUUUCAUUUAAUUUGUUCCUAUAUGGGCCAAUGUGGCCUAGUUUAUCUGGUCAAAUUGAUUUCUUAUUUCUUUGUAAUGAAUCACUAUUGCUGUUUGCUAGAAAUGAUUUACUCUGAUUUAUGGGGGAAAUUAUGUUGCACUAACUCACUAAUGUACCAACUCUGUUCCAAUUCCACUUCUACUCAGACUAAUCGUUUGUUGAAGCAGUUUUUAGCAAGGACAAUUAUGUUAUUAACUGUUUUAUACAAAAUUGUAUGCACCCUGAUUUGUAAGGAUCUUUGGGAAUUCUUUAAACUCUAAGCAUGUCCUUAAAAAUGUGAAAAGUUUGCCAGUCUGUCAUUGGAAUACUGUGGCUCUACGUAGUUUGACAGUGAAUGAUGUCUUUUUUGGAAAACAGAAACUGGUUGUGAGAAGGAGCAUUACGUUUGAAUAUUCUUUCUUUAUUUAACAUGAUCAUCUUUCAAUCGAACAACCCUUUACUUUUAUAAUGCUUGUAAAUCUUUUUUUCACCCUGAAGCUGACUGAAUUGAAAGUAUUCGUGAGAAUAUGUUGAAAUAAUCUGGAACAAUCACAGAUAUGUACUUGAAUAAGCUAUAUGAAGGUAUUUUUAUUUAUUCUAAUUGCGUUAACAUUUUGUAUAAUUUGUAUAUUUCAAAUACGAUUUAGGUAUUUUCUCUCAAUUUCUAGUUGCCACAUCUGUUCCUAACGCCUUUCUCUGAUGUGGAACUAUUUCUCUUACAGCCUAAAGUAUGUAGCCUGGUCCAGCUCUGGUUGUGCUCUUGCCAACUCCAUUGCUAUAAUUGUCAAGACAAUCUGUUUGGCAUGGCAAUGAGUGGCAUGACAUGGUAGCACAAACAGAUCUGGCACGCAGGCUAGAAAGUAUGUCCUCCAUUUUGUUUUGUGGUAUUUUGACCAACAGGAAUAACUACUAUGUUUCCUGUGCAAUGAUGAUGUCUAUCUUUGUAACACAGCUGUCUCUUUUACUUGUCUCUGUCUUUUACCAUUAAAUAUAAAUGUGUGUUUCACGCAACAGAGAUGA